AUGUCGUCCGAGUUUCAUUGGCCGGAUGCGGCGACCGCCGAGGCGGGGGACGAGGAUGUCGACCAGCCGGACGUGCUGCUGCUCACGCUGCUGGAGACGGAGCUGUCGGGCGCGGGUGGCGAGCACAUCACGCUGCAUGCGCCGACGGCGGACGCGAACGGCGGCGAGACGGCACUCUCCUGCGCCGACUGCGGCCGAGAGUUUGAGAACCACGUAUCGCUGACGAGCCACCGCACGCACGAGCACAGCGGCGCGCCGCCGCACUCCUGUCCGCUCUGCCCCAAGACGUUCCAGCGGCGCACCGAUCUCAAGAACCACAUGAACCUGCACCUGGGCAUCAAGAAGAGCGUGUGUGACGUGUGCGGCAGGCAGUUCUCGCACAUGUCCAACCUGUAUCGGCACCGCCGGAUCCAUACCGGGGAACGGCCGUAUGUCUGCUCCAUCUGUGGCAAACGCUUCAGCCAGGUUAACGCUCUUAACGCGCACAAGAGCACUCACGAGACCAGGACAGCGAACGAUUUCAAGUGCCCCAGCUGCCCCAAGAAGUUCCGCAACCGUCCCCGCCUGGCCUGCCACGUCCGACUGAUGCAUCAAACAGCUGAGCAGCCGGGCCGGCGGCGCCACGUGCGGCGCCACUUCCACUGCGGCGUGUGUGGCGCGCGCUUCCCGUCGCGCGGACAGCUGCUGCGCCACCAGGCGUCGCACUCAGCCGACAGCCUGCGCUGCGGCGUCUGCCAGGCGGCGUUCGGCUCGGCCGAGGAGGAGGAGCCGCCCGGCCUGCUCGUGGCCUCGCGCGCCGACCACGACGCCGAGGUGGGCCGGCUUAUGGACGAGAUGGGCACGGUGCACACGGUCGGCACGCAGUACGACGUGACCGAGAUUCUCUGCCUGCCGACGGUGCCGUGA